AUUAUUGCUGAACCUCUCACUUCCGAAGCUUAUGCUGCUUAUGGCGAUGUCAUUCACGCUCCUGGUGCUAAAUACGUUACAGGCGCUAACCAAGGUACUGCUGAAAAAUAUCACCACGUUGCUCAAGUUGCCAACUUAUUCCCUAAGGGUAAUGGAAAGAUGAAUCUUUGUAUGUUCCACUGCCGUCCUACAACCGAAAUCCCAUUCACCGUUAAAUUACUCGAAAGACACCCUUACUCAAGCCAAGCUUUUAUUCCUAUGUCCCACGGCCAAACAAGAGGUUACUUGGUUGUUGUUGCCCUCAAUGGUGCUGACGACAAGCCUGAUAUGUCCACUUUGAAGGCUUUCUUUGCAACCUCUGAACAAGGUAUCAACUACAGAAAUGGUGUCUGGCAUCAUCCUAUGGUAGCUUUAGAUGCUGCCACCGAUUUCGUUGUUGUCGUUCAUGAAAGUGGUGUUCCUGAAGAUGAUUGUAAUGUAGUAGAGGUUCCUCAUACCGUUGUCCAAGUUCCUGGUUUCACCACGCAAUAA